AUGAUGCUGAACCCCAAAAAAUAUGUUUUCGGGGUCAUUUCGAAAAAAUUCUUGGGAUACCUCGUUUCGUGGCGGGAUAUAGAAGCAAAUCCUGACAAGUUGAAGGCGGUCCAGGAAAUAUCUUCAUUUCGGUGCAUCCGAGACGUGCAAAGGCUUAUAGGGCGAUUGGCAGCCAUGAACCGGUUCUUGUCGCAGUUCGCUUCUAAGGCACUGCCCUUCUUCAAGGUGUUAAAGAAGGCUGACAAGUUCUCCUGGACAGAAGAAUGCCAACAGACCUUUGAGCAAAUGAAGGAGUAUCUGCACCACCUCCCAACACUUACCUCACAUCGGCCUGGGGACAAGCUAUACUUGUACCUGUCUGCCGCCGAUGGGGCUGUAAGUAUCGCAUUGAUACUGAAGAAAGGUGUUCAGAUGCCGGUUUAUUAUGUUAGUCGGGUCCUUCGAGAGUCCGAGACUAGAUAUGUUCAAGCAGAAAAGCUCGUGCUGGCCUUGAUCCACGCAGCUCAAUACAAUUUAUCCUACGAGCUCCGGACGGCCAUCAAAGUUCAAGCCCUUUCGGACUUCCUAGCCGAACUCACUUUCAAUGAAGUGAAUGAGUCUACCUCAGCUUCUGCCAAGCCUCACCAAUGGAUCCUGCAUGUGGACGACUCGUCUAACAACGAGGGUAAUGGAGCAGGUUUGCUCCUCGAAAAUUCUCAAGGAGAACUGUGUUCGUACGCCCUAUGGUUUGAUUUCACAGUCUUUAAUAACGAAAUCGAAUAUGAAACUGUCAUCGCCGGCCUACAACUAACUCGUGGGCUCGGAGCUCGGCACAUCUUGGUCAACAGCGACUCCCAACUCGUCGUGUGCCAGAUACUUGGUAAAUAUGAGGCCAGAGAGGUGGUCAUGCAGCGUUACCUCUCCAAAAUUCACCAAUUAACUGCACACUUCGAGUCCUUCGAAAUUCAAAGGAUAUCUCGGUUGCAGAAUAAGCGGGCUGAUGCUCUAUCCCGACUCGCUUCCACUUCUUUCUCUGACUUGAAUAAAAUGGUUUUCAUUGAGGUCUUGGCCGAGCCGGGCCAUUUAGAAGAAAUCAUAUGCCCCGUUUAUUCAGAUGACACCUGGAUGGGCCCGUUAGUUCGGUUUCUUGGACAAGGAAAGCUUCAGGAGGACCGAGCCGAAGCAAGGAAACUUCAGCGCAAGACAGCCCGGUAUGCUCUCCAGCAAAACCUCUUGUACAAGAGAUCUUACCUCGAUUCAUGGUUGCGGUGUAUCACACCAGAGGAAGGGAAAAGAAUUCUCCUAGACAUACAUGAAGGGAUUUGUGGUGCCCACGUCGGCUAUAGAAUACUGGUUAAGAAGGCCCUAUUACUUGGGUAUUUUUGGCCGACCAUUCGACGAGAUUGCCAACUCCUGGUCCUUAGUUGCCCUUCCUGUCAACACCACGCCCCUGAGCACCACUAA